GGGCUCUCAUCCAGCCCCCUCCCAGUCCAGCAGCCAGUAUUGAUUAUUUUGGCUUAAAUUCUCUCCCUAACCUUCAUCAUGCGUAGUGUCUUUAUUUUCUGCUCUGGAAACACGAGUUUCAAACGGGCCUUUUAGUUCUCAUGAGCUGUGCUCUCGGAUUCACGAUUCAACCAACGGACGGCUGCUUUAAAUCUCAUCAAUGGCAUAUCUCCUAUCAAGAGCUCUGUGCGGCGUCAGCUGGUGAAUGAUGACAGCUGGUCUCCUGUCAGUAGUCCUGCUAGGAGUCCUGCAAGAAGAAGAAACCUGAGAAAAGCUGAGAUUUCUGGAAUUUCAAAAUGCAGAGACUUAUCAUUCGAACACAAUCAGAGCUUCCCAUUGAUGAAACCCCAUCACCGUGAAGACUUCCUUGGUUUCAUUUCCCCUUGUAUGACAAUGGAAAAAAUAAGAGGUGACUCUCUCAACUCCUGCCGGUUUUCGGCAGGACGGCGGCGCUGUUCAUUUUCUUCAAUGAAACCCCUGCCUGAUGCUCUUAGUGGAACUGUUGAUCAUUUACUUCCAAGCGAAGCGUCAACAGCCAGUGCCACACUUUGUGCAUCAGUCAGUAACUCACAACCUCCAGCCUUUCAUAAAACUGUGAUGCUAAAUCCCAACAAAGCUGUCUUUACAUUUGAUUUUAAAACCAUGAAGAUUCUUGUUGUAAACCAAAUGGCAUGCCGUUUGUUGGGCUUCUCUCCAGACGAGCUCUGUGGUCUUACUUUGGUACAGUUACUUAACAGGCAACAUGCUCACACUCCUUAUGCUCUCUCUGAGGAACAUUUAGAUACCACUCAUGGUACAACUCUUGGUGUUAGUGGAAAAGUUGUUGAAAUGGUUAGCAAAGAUGGUGGCAUUAUUCCUGUUUCAUUGUGGCUUCGACGACUCCAAAUGGAUGACAGAUGUCUUGCUGUUGCAGAGCCAGUGGAACGCCGCGUUGCAAAACUGGAAGUUGAUUCCUUUGGACGUAUUUUGUGGAUGGACCAAGACGCCACACAACUCUUCCAGUACACAAUUGAAGAAGUUGAGGGAGAGGACAUAAAACUCUUGAUCCCUGCUUUUCUCAUGCCCACACAUCCUGACUGCUUGCCCAAGGAAGUGCGGAAGCAAAAAGCUACGGGCCGCACCAAGUAUGGCACAUCUUUCCCACUAUGUCUUCGUCUAAGUGAAGAACUUGAUGAAGGCAGUGGAGACUCCUCUGUAGCUGCAGUAACUUAUUCUAUUAUUCUGUGGGUCUUCUCAAACAUGAGUGGCUUACUUGUUUUGACACCUGAUGGAAAUGUUGAGCAAUGCAACCAUCAUUUUACUCACAUCAUGUUUGGCUUCACUCAAGCUCAAUUAUCUGGCAAACAUAUAACUACUGUCAUACCUAAUUUUACUCACGAUCCUGUGUGCAAUGGAGACGAUUCUGUUCUUCCUCCCUUUCAACUUGGAGAGGAAUUAGCAGAGAAUGCUCUGAACACUGAUUCAACUACACCUCAAGCUUGGCGGUCAAACAAUGAUACUGACAGUCAAUCAACAAACCGAAUGGAUACCGAGAGUCAUUCUACAAAUAUAUUAUCCCUUGAUAAUUCAAAUCACACUGACUGCCGAAGGCUCAUUGAGUCUGUCUCUCAACUGAGUGACUUGACAAAUAAAAUAACUCUUCGUGAUGAUGAAACAACAAGUGCUGGUCUCACACUGCAAAAUGAUAUCUCCUCUGCAAAGAACUACAAAAUGUUUUCUUGUGCGUCUGAUACUUUAUCAAACGGUCAGAAAGAAAACAGUCCUCCCGAUGAAGGAUCAGACCCUCUAGUAACAGCUGAUAACACCACCUGCGAGGAGUUUAGUCAAAGUGAAGACGAUACACUGAAUGGAAACAAAAAUAAGAAUAACAAACUUCUGAAACUUCACUCUAAAAACAGUCACAGCCCCACUGUUAGUGUUGAACUCAGCUCAUGUGUUGGAGUCACAUCUUCUAGCAUGUGCACCUGUACCAGUCAUCCAAGCAGAUACUCCCAUGAAAUGGAUGAUAACACACUAAGUGCUUCAAGCGUUAGCCAUGUGAAACCACCAGCACCAUCUCCAGUAACACUGCCUGAUACUCAAGGAAGCUUUCCUGAAGGUCAUUUCAUAGGAUUUGGAAAGCACAGGGAUGGCUCUAAUAUUGAAAUUGUUUACCAAGUGAGGCUGGUGCAACUAAGAUGUGGCCGCCAACUAUAUUGUGUUUGGAUUUCUCGUGACUGUGAAGAAGAAGAUCCUGUGUAUGGAAAUUUAACAUUUACUUCGAGCUUGGAGAGCAGUGCAAUUGAGCCAUCUCUUGGACAGGAAAUUCAAGCUAGAGCUCAUAGUGCAAGCCGUCCAAGCUCUUUAUCAAUUAUGACUCAGUGUGAGGAUGAACUUUUAAUGGGAGAAUAUGGUGAACGGUACUCUACAUUGCAGCAAAUUGGAAAGGGAGCCUAUGGAUUUGUUAAAAUGGCAUAUCGAAAUGAAGAUAAUAUUCUGGUGAUCACAAAAUUCAUCCACAAGAAGAAGGUACAUGAACAGUCAUGGGUGGAAGAUCCAAUACUUGGCAAGAGAGUACCACUUGAAGUCAGUCUACUGACCACUAUCAAACAUCCAAAUAUUGUGAGAGUACUAGAUGUUUUUGAAAAUGAAACCUUUUAUCAAAUGGUUAUGGAAAAACAUGGUGCUGGAAUGGAUCUAUUUGAAUUUGUUGAUAGAAGGCCCAAGCUGGAUGAACCUUUGAUUAGUUUCAUCUUCCGUCAAAUUGUGGCUGCUGUUCAGUACCUGCACUCACUGAAAAUAUUACAUCGAGAUAUUAAGGAUGAAAAUGUCAUCAUAGAUCAAAAGUUCCAUGCAAAACUCAUUGAUUUUGGUUCUGCAACUUUUAUGAGUGCGGACAGACUUUUCUCAACAUUUUAUGGAACAGUAGAGUAUUGUAGUCCUGAAGUCUUAGCAGGAAACAAGUAUGAAGGACCAGAACUAGAAGUAUGGUCACUAGGUGUUACACUUUAUGUUCUGACCUUUGGAGAGAAUCCUUUCUUUGACGUGGAGGAAACUCUUAAAGCUGAACUACGACCACCUGGCACUGCUAGUCCACAGCUGCUUGGUCUUUUGCAUGCUAUGUUGGAGAGAGAUCCAUCAAUGCGUUUGAAUAUGAAUCAGUUGUGUGCUCACCCUUGGAUUAAUCAACUUGUUGAUCCUAACCAGUAUCAUUUUCAAGAAGUGGUUAAUUGCAUGCCACAUGAGUACGAUCCACCUACCUUUUAUGCUGAUUAUCAACAAAGUCGACCUAUUUCGAGGUCACGAGACUAUCUUAUGCCACCUGCACAUUCUGGAUGUGGAGAUGAUGACGAUGAUCGUACAGAUUUAGCAACAUCUAAUUCAUUGACCAGCCUUACACCUGUGGAUGAAACUGCCGGACAGUCAUUUCCUCCUUGUUCUUCUGGUUUUGUUGAGUUGAAGAAACACCAACUCCUUAAUGAUGAUCUCAAUGAGGCACCAACAUCUUCAACUCCCCUUAAGCCUAAAACCUCAGCUUCCCCUAUUUUCUCAGUCCUUCAGACAACAGAAAAUAAUUGCUCUGACCCCUCAGAAGUUCACACAAAAUCCAGCUCAUCAAUAUCUCUUGUUCGUUCAUCUUCAUCUUCAUCUUUAGAGAGGUCAGCCUCGUCAAUGACUGUAUCAAUGAACCACAAAGAAAAUGAUUCUCUUGCCCAACACCUCUUAGAUGGAAAUUCUCUGGAGGGCAAUUUUAGUUGUGCUGGUCUCCUCACUGAUGAGGAGGAUUAUUUAAAUGAUGAUUUUGAGGAUGAGAGAGAGUCAGAAUGUGGAGAAAUUCGUAUUGGAAAUGCUGGCGAUGAAAGAGAUACUGAUGCAAAUGACAGUGAUGCCUCUGAUGAUGACAAUGAUGUCAACUGUGCUACAUGUUGUCGUAAAGAAAGUCACACACUGGAAGAAGAAAAUAAAUUAUAAGAAAUGAGAGAAGACCAAUUGAGGGAGAGCUUCCCUUAUGUGAUACCCUUAGCUAAGCUAAUGCUUAUAUUUUGUAAGUUCUGAUUUUAUUAGAUGUGCAUGCUCUCAGAAUCUUAUUCUGUUAUUAAUUAUAUCACAAGCUUCAACUUGGAAACUUUGUUUUGAAAUUGUGCCAUCACUUGGUUACAUAGUUGUUUUAUUCUCCUAUAAAAAUUUUAGAUAGUGUUUUAAUGGCAUUCCAAAUUAAUUUUACCAUAUGUUUUUGAAAGUCGUUUGUACCAUGACAAGAAUAGUUUCACUGGGAGCAGCUUCACCUUUUUGUCAUAUUAUUUUUGAAGGUUCUGUUCUAGUUUACAUUACCCUACAUACUGUCUUGUUUUCGUUUUCACUCUUUUAACUAAAUUUCAAUCAGUGUAGUCAUAUUUUGUAAUACAUUUUUUUAAAACUAACUUGAGAAUAAUUGUCUCUUGUCGGUAUAAAUUAAGUUUGGUUAUCUUAUGGUAUGUUUCUACUCACUGACUGUUACCAUAGGAAACUUAAGUGCUUUCAGAAGUUUUACAUUGCAUUUUUAUUAUGCAUUAAUCAUGAUUUAAAUAUCUUUUUUAGUCUUUAACUGCUAAAUAUGUACCAUAUGUGCCUCUUUUCAGUUUUUAAGCAAUCUGAAGCAAUUAGGAGCUUCUGGCAUUGCUUUGGAAAUAACUAAAUAUUUCAUUCUGUGAGAC